CUCACUAAAUAUGGCCGACGAGUCAUUUCCGGCUUCUGGUUUUCGUUCGACUUCCGAUUCUAGGGCAAGUGUGGAGGGGGCGGGGCCUGGCAGUUGACCGGCACCGGGUGGUGGCUGAGCGGUGACGGGAGAUGAUGGGCUGGAGGCUGCGAUGCUGCGGACAUCAUGCUGCUGCUCUGGCCGGGAUACGGGGUGCGCUCAGCGGCCACGGAGGAGGCUGGGGCCGGGCGGCCGGAGGAGGAAGAGCAGAGGCGGGGAAGUUACAUUGCUCCCUUUUGAAGCCAAUGUUGUUAAGGAACUCUGUGAGCACUCUGUUGUGCAGGCCGCAGUCCAGGCUUCUUCAUUCAUCUCGUGUAGUGUGCUGCCACAGUAAGACCAACAGCGAGGCCAAAUAUAAAGACCCGUUCAAGCUCGGGAGCAGUGAUCUAAAGAAUCUCUAUGAGGACAUCAAGAAGGAGCUGUUCAUGGCGACACAGGAGCUGAGGGAAAUGUGCGAAUAUUAUUUCGAUGGGAAGGGAAAAGCAUUGAGGCCGAUGCUGGUGGUGUUAAUGGCGCGAGCUUGUAACAUCCACUAUAACAACUGCCGGGAAGUGCAACCCCAGCAGCGCUCUAUCGCAGUCAUUGCUGAAAUGAUCCACACGGCCAGUCUGGUGCACGAUGACGUCAUCGAUGGGUCUGAUGCACGGAGGGGAAAGAAGACUGUCAAUCAGAUAUGGGGUGAAAGGCAGGCUGUCCUGGCAGGUGAUUACAUAUUGUCUGCGGCCUCCGUAGCCCUGGCCCGAAUUGGAAACGCCACUGUCAUUUCUGUUUUAUCUCAGGUCAUUGAAGAUUUAGUACGUGGUGAAUUUCUCCAGUUGGGCUCCAAAGAGAAUGAAAAUGAACGAUUCGCUCACUACCUCGAAAAGACGUUUAAGAAAACUGCGAGCCUGAUAGCCAACAGCUGUAAAGCAGUGUCAAUCUUAGCCUGUCCUGACCCUAAGGUCCAUGAGAUUGCAUACCAGUAUGGGAAGAACAUUGGCAUAGCCUUCCAGCUCAUCGACGACGUGUUGGAUUUUACAUCUUGUGCUGAUCAGUUGGGAAAACCAGCGGCCGCAGAUCUGAAGUUGGGAUUAGCCACUGGUCCAGUUUUAUUCGCCUGUCAACAGUUCCCGGAGUUGAACGCCAUGAUAAUGAGGAGAUUCAGUUCGCCAGGAGAUGUUGAACGAGCGUGGCAGUAUGUUCAAGAGAGUAAUGGCGUCCACCAAACUACCUACCUCGCCCAGCGCUACUGUAGCGAAGCGAUCCGCGAGAUCAGCAAGCUGCAGCCAUCCCCUGAGAGAGACGCUCUCAUCCAGCUGACAGAGACUGUGCUCACCAGGGACAAAUGAUUGGGGGGGCGGGAACUGGAACCGUACCGGGCAGCUACCACCAAACAGUGCCUCAAGCAACCCUUACCAUACACAGCUGGUUUUGCGUCACGGGUGGGCUACCAAAAAAAAUGGACUUACAAGAAAACUAUUCAUGAUGUUUAUUAUGCCUUUUCACCAUGACGGUACUGUAUAUUUUUUUUAAGGGUUCAAUUUUAUCAGUGGAAGCCAUAUCAUGUCUGAGCGAGAGGGGUCGG